AGGGGAAUUAAUUUGUAACAUGCAUAAAUUCCCGCAAAAAAGUCCCUGCACAUUUUGUUUGUGUAAAUAUUCUGGGUGUUUGAAGAAAUGUAUCAUUCGAGUUGUGAUAUUCAUUAGAAACACUUAGUGUUCCUAGAUCGUAUAUCGCCGUGGAGGUUUGAUAUUUGGUAUAUUGAUAUAAGGCGAUGUUGAUUAGUAGGUAUAUUUAUUAUUUCACUGAUUGUAACAAUUGUAAAAGGAUAUAAAAUAAAAGUACUAUCAAAUAGAUGAAGCGGUGUGGAAUGGAGAACUGGUCAAGAUGUAAUGAAUGGGCGAAACAAUAUAUCCACGCAUGCGCGGUUGAGGGAAUUCUAAAUAUGAAAUGAAUCUGGAAUGUGAAUGUAGAUGGCCUAACCUAAACUGGGCGAACGAAAGAGUUCGUUCGCCACACGUACAAGUUUUUAGUGAAGUCACAAUGCAGAUCCUUUACAUUUUACCAGCAGUUUUCUUCGCUGUCGUUGCUCAGGACUUUGCUGCUUUAGACACAUACCCAGAAUGGUACGUGCAGAACCACCUGAGAGAAAGAAGAGACGUCACUCUUGACAAGAAGAUUGGAGAUGGCCGUGUCUUCGGCACCCUCGGCCAGAACGACGCCGGUUUGUUCGGGAAAGGCGGAUACGAGCACCAGAUAUUUAACGACAACCGCGGUAAACUUGACGGACAGGUGUACGGGACACGAGUGUUGGGUCCUUAUGGCGAUUCCUCCCACUUAGGAGGCGCCCUCAAAUGGCAGAACCCUAAUGCUGCUGCGUCUCUAGAUGUUAGCAGACAGAUCCAUGGAGGAACUUCGUACCAAGCGGCGGCGGGUGGGAGGUGGCCCGUUGGGAAAAACGGUGACUUCUCAUUCCAGGGCACUUAUGGUAGACAGCACGGUUUACCACGCGAGUACGGUGGUUUGGCCAAUUUUAACUACCAUUGGUGAAUUCGCUCUUUGGUAGUGUUUGUCAAUAGUGUACAUACGUUUUAAAAAUAAUGCCGAAAUUUACUAAGAAUGAUCCAAGUGUAUAUAUACAUAGUUUAUAUAAUAAUUUCGUAUAAAUUUAACUCUACUUAAAUGUGUAAAUAUAUAGGUAUACAAAUCUGUGAUUUGUAAAUACUUUUGUGA